GCUGUACCUGCCUGAGCUUGAUUCACACAGAUCGUUGUGUUGUAUACUGCAGUCUUCACAAGUACAGGAUUUGUGCGUUAGUUUGCUACUACAGGUGACACCAUGGUGAAAUUACACAUCAAGCGAGGAGAUGAGAGUCAGUUUCUGUACGAGACAACCGUCACAACGACCAUAGAUCAAGUAAACAAAGAAGUGACAGAUGUGUAUAACGACAGAUUGAAGAUAACCAGAAUUUGUUAUGAAAUGGAAGAGUUAUCUAAACAUGGUACUGCACUGCCUCCCAAUAUGCAAGGACUCACUGACGAUCAAAUAGAAGAUUUAAAACUAAAAGAUGAAUGGGGUGAUAAGUGUGAACCUAGUGGUGGUUCUGUAUAUUGUCAAGAUACUAUUGGUAGGCGGAAUGGUAAAGCCCCUAAUGAGAAAAUGGCUGAAGUUAUUACAAAAACAAUCAGUGAAGCAAAAGCGAUAAUUUCUAAGGAUCAAGUAUUGAGAGAUGUUGUAUUAACAAAGAAAAUGACGAAAGACGCCCUGGACUUGUUACGAGGUGCUGUGACAAUAGUGUAUCCAAUGAACUUGCCACCACAUGAUCCAAUCAGAUUGGAAUUUGAAAACAAUAUAGACCUCACUGGUACACAGGCGUCCAAAGAAGUAAUAGAAGAGCAAGAAGCAUCGCUAUGGUUUUCAGGAAAAGAGAUGAUUAGAGGAAAAAAAGUGUCUGAUUAUCUUGGAAAAAAUGAAAAGACAAAAAUUAUUGCAAAGCUACAAAAGAGAGGACAUGGCGCACCCGCCAGAGAGACUCCAUUUAGUGAAGAAGAGCGUAAAGCAAUGAUGGCGCAUGCAUAUCGAAAACAAGAAGAGUGGAAGAAAUUAAAUGAGGAUUCCGAAGAUGCCUAUAUGAAUGCCAAGUGGGCGGAUAGCGGAGCUCUUAAAAGACAAUUCCAUGGAAUUAAAGAUGUCAAAUUCUAAUAAAAGAUAAUACUGAUCAUUGCUAUGUAUGGAAUGAACAGAGACAUUAAACCACGGCAUUGUGACAUGAACAUCCACUAAUGGAGAUCCAUGGUUACAAUGACUGUGCAUUAAAGCGUCACAGCCAUCUUACAGUAUGGAUUUGAAUUUGCGUCAAUUAAAAAUGUGUUUUACAUGCAGUAUGUCCAUUGCAUGAACUUGUAUUAAAUGCAACACAGUGUAAUGACUAUGAUGCUUUAAGAGGCGGUGGUCGUCGCACAACACAUGGUCGAAUUUCAUGUAAACAAACUAUGUUUUACAUGCACUGCAUACAUUGCUAUGAAUCGAAGAUGGCGCAGUGUGGCAAUCACCGCCCUUUGAAUAAUUUUAAUUAUGUUCUCAUCAAAACAACAUAUCUAAGUUUUUUUACUCUGUGUUGAAAUAAAUGGUUCUUGAUCCACAUAUCACAUAUUAGCUGAUUUGACGUAAUUCUAACUAGCGUCCAUACUUCAGUAUCAGUAUCAAAUUAUGUAAUAAACAUGUAACAAAUGAACAUACAUACAUACAUACAGUGCACCUAAAACGACAUUGUACAUUACCAAACACCCCAACAAACAUGUCAAGUACAAUACAUAUUGCACUCUCACUUGUAAGUCGCCACAACAUAUAAUUAAAAAAAAAAAUAUAAUCUCAUUUUUGUGAUCUGUUCAAUUAAGUUGGCAAUAAUAAAAUUGUGUUUACAUAUUAAAAUCAAACAAAGAAUAACAGAUUGUAGAUUGCAUCAGCUAUUAGUUAAUGUCACGCCAUCCGGGUUUGACUGUUCUACAUAUGUUACUAUGGUUUCGCUGUGUUUUCAUCAGACUAGAAUUAAAUAAACCUUGCAUGUAUGUCCAGUACAUUACACACUGCAAAUAGCUAUUACUGAUUUGUGAGUCUCCGCAACAACAAAUUGAUAGUAAAACUGAUACAUUUAUUUCAUCUUUGUCAUCUGUCUGCUACAGAUAAAGUUGUAUUUACAUAAAUAUAACAAAUUCAACAGAUUGCAGACUUUGUCUGACCUAUAUACAUAUACAUCACUAUACUAUGGUUUCCUCAUGUUCUCAUCAAACAUAUUUUUCUCUUUUAGAUACAAUUUAAAAAAUGGAGAGAUUGAUGAUAUUUAUCUGAACCAUAAAUUGUUAUUUGACGGUAUAUUUGUACAUAUACUAGUAACUCAUCAAGCCAUUAUAGUCGACACAAGGUGACCUUAGAAUUACGGGUUUGACAGAUGAGUGAUCAUGUUUGUACUUUGAGAGUUUCUUAUUCAAAGCUUGUUAUCCAUUGUACAGAUAUUAUUUUAUAAUUUCAUGUUUUAUUCUAGGUUUUUUUUCCCCAAUUUCCAAAAUAUUAAUUUACUUUUGUGUAAGUUACAUGUAUAUGGCUACUGUCUGCCAGUAUUAAUAAACAAUAUUUGAAUUUCU